AUGAAUUCUCCUGCUCCUAUCUCUGGCUCCAACUCUGGUAAUUCUGGCUCUGGUUCUCCCCUUGUCUCUUCCCCUGUUGUUGAUGCCAACUCUCCCUCUGGUACUGCUGGUAACCCUGGUUCCUCUGUUUCCUUGUCUGAUGCCCCUAGUGGUACUUCUGGUAACUCUGGUUCCAACGGCCCUGCUACUACCGACUCCCAGGAAAAAAAUGAUCCCAUGCUCAUUGACUUUCCUGAACUCGAUUCCCCUUCUUCUUCCAACACCGUUCAUAACACAUUUGACGAAAAUGCUGUUCAAGUGUUGAAGAGAAUUGGUAAUUGUAAUGCCCGCCUUGCAGCUCUCUUUGAUCGAGAAGAUUCUAUAAUGGAUUUGGAAACAACCACUAUGGAGGAAUUCAAUCUCAGAGAGGCCAAGGUCCGUUCCCUGAAACAUGAUAUCACCUAUUGGAAGAACCAACUCGUUGAUGCCAACUUGUUGUAUACCUCUUUCAAGGAAACUUCUGUCAGCCACAUUUCUCAUCUGGCCAAUGUCAUGAAGUUGGAUGACUCUGAUAAAGCUCUUACAAAGCCUAAGGAUCAUUCUGAUAUCCCAGCCAAAGAAAUUCCGGUUUUCGAUGUCAAGUAUACCGAUCUCGAUACCAAUCCCGACAUUCACAGCACCGACGAUUAUUCGCUCAAAUCUUUCAUCCGAAAGUUCGAACGAGCCUAUAAGAAUUAUGAUGUGGAUGUGGAAGUUCAUUGGUUGUUUCAUCUUGAGGCCAGUUUUGAAAACAACGAUCUCUACUGUAACUGGUUCCAACAAAAUUUCAAGGCUAUUGGUAAAGGCAAGAAGAAGUCCUGGUCUGAUGCUAAGAAAAUUUUGGAACACCGUUUCGAUGCCGCUGCCCGUCUUGGAUUGAUCAAGGUGAACUUCAUGCUUCAUAGUAUGAGACAAAGUUCCCAUGAACAAUUAGCCGAAUACAUGGAUCGUUUUGGUGCCUGUCUCCGUGCCGCCAAGGUACACACUCAUGAGAACUUCUACUUCUCGGUUGCUUUCCUCUCGUCUUUGUUCACUAAAGAAUUUCAAGAUAAGGUACAGGAAAAGUUAUACGAAUAUAUGAAGGAACAACUCUACACCAUGGACUCUUCAAUGGCUAGCAAGUAUGCAACUCAUAAUGAAACACAAUUCUAUGAGUUCUACAGCAACUUUGGUCGUCUAGGUGAAGCCUUGAAUCAUUACCUUGGUAACCUUGAAUCUACUCUUAAAGAAAUUCAAGUCAAGAACAGUUCCUCUGCCAAGUCCUCCUCCUCAUCUUCUUCCUCCUCUCCCGUCUCUUCUUCCUCAUCUUCCAAUUCCAGCUCUAGGGAAUCCAACAAGAAAAGAAGAAUGGAUGACAAGUCUGAAUCGUCAAAGUCUUCCAUCAACUUUGAACGAUUAUUCGAUCCCACCUACGUACUCAAUGAUCAAGAACGUACGCACAUGCGUAAACAGCUCAAGUGUCUUUCUUGUCGGGUGGCUCGUUUUACUCCUGAUCAUUUGAAGGAAUGUGCGGAAAGAAAGAAAUUUCUUGCCAAUAAAGUAAAACCGACAAUGAUCAUGAAGAACAGCCAAAUGUCCCUCUCCCCAUCCUCAAUGAUGACAACGAGUUUCAGGCAGCACUUUUGGAGUUAG